AUGAGUAACGAAAAAAUAGAGCCCUCUACAAUGAAUUAUGUCUUCGACAUGUUCGGAAAGAGUGUUUCUCAGAUGCUUCAGAGUUCUGUUACUCAACAAACAAUGAUUGAUGAACUUAGAGCUCAAAUUCGAUCAUUACAAACACAAGUUACAAACGUAUGCAACAGUUUUCAAGAUUUUGAAGAUAGAUUAUACAUUAAAGUGCAAGAAAUGCGCCCAACAAUCUACACACGCGAUGGAAUUCCGAUAGAUGAUGCACUUGAAAUGAUGCAAAACAAAAUAAAUCAGUGCACUGAUAAGGUUCAACAACAAAAUGAAACACUUGAUCGUUUUGAUAUUGAUUUAAAGCAAAAAAUCGAUCAAGAUGCAUUCGAAUCGCAAUUUCGAGAUGCUAAAAACGCAAUUGACAGUUACUCAGAGAUUACUCAGACUAUUCAAACUCUACAAAAAGAUUUUCAGAAGCAAAGAGACGAUAUGGAUUCGUUAACGGAGCAUGCGAUGCAAAUGGUACAACUCAAAAUCGAACAAUUCUCUAAUAACAAGACUCCUCUUGGUGAAGCAGAUGUUCUCGAUGCAAAUGAUGAGUAUGCUAAGAAAUCUUACGUUGAUCAACAAAUUAAACUCGUAGCAUCAAAUCCAUUUGGACUUCCAGAUAUGUCAUCAUUUACUCCAUCAGGAGAUAACAUUCAAGACCAAUUUACUUUAUUACAAAUGCAACAAGAGCAACUUGAAAAAGCAUAUCAAGCUCAAAAAGCAAAAUUAGGACAGAAUUACGAUCAGUUAUACAGCAAAUUAGAUGAAGAAGAGGAUGAAGAUUUCGAAGAUGACAGCAAAGAAGAAAUUUUUGUUGAUGAUUUCGAUCUUGGCGACGAUUUCAUUUUCGAAGACUCUGAACCGGAGAAAGAGAUUGAAUUCCGUUCUAUUUCCAUUGAUAAUGAUGGAAAUAUCGAUGACGAAUCAACCUAUACAGAUAAAAAGCACUCAACAGGUUCAAGAAGAAAUGUUGGUGUUCAAGCUCAAAUUCAAGCUAAAAAGACGGCCAGAAGUCAUCUCAGAGAACAGAUUAAAGCCAAGAAAGCACAAACAGAAGCUCCUUCAGCAGCCACAACUAAGGAAGUCUCUGGAGGUGGAGCAACUUUGUCUUCAGCCGAUGAACAAAAGAUCCAGAAUUCCAUUGUUAACUCCAUCAUGACUAAAGUUGAGAACAUGUUAAUUGACUUCUUCUCGAUGCAGAGUGGACUUAAGCUAGAGAAGAAUGAUGCCAAAGUACUUAUUAACCAAUUAUCUGUUGUCCAGAAGUUGAAAGAUGAAUACAAGAAACUCAAAUUGUUGUUACAAGGUAAAAUGGACAGUUUGAAAUGCAACCAAGAGCUGGAAAUAAGAGUCACAAGGCAAGAUUUCUUCAGUUACUUGACACAGAUAUUCCCCAAUAACCAAUUACUUCAGAAAGUCAUGCAAUCGUCAGUUAAAACUACCUUGCCAACUCUCAAGAAAGAAUCGCCAAGAUCAAGGCCGAAGACUUCUAUUGAUGAUAAAGAUGAAAUCAGAGUUAGAGCUAAAACAGCGAAAACUCAGAGUUCUACACAACAACAGAACUUAGUUCCUGCAAGGAAUUCAAGACUAUUGGCUCUCAACCAGAAGUUCUUGAGAGGUGCUGAUGGUAGAUAUUACUUGAGAGAUUUAGGUGGCGAACAAAGUGGAAUAACUACACCAAAUAUUACUGGACAAACUAAGACAGGAAUGAAUCCUGAAAACGCAAUGGAUUUCCAACCAUUCGUUCCUGAUACUCAUGUUAAAACAGAUACAAAUGAAAGAGCAAUGACUGCUAUGUCAUCAAAGCAUAGAUCUAAGACUCCUACUGAUUCUACAGAAUAA